AUGCGUUUUAGAACAAAUCUGUACAAUGUGUUAGUCACAUCCGCAGCGUUUCUGUGCCUAUUCACAGCUUUCCAGACCACAUGUCUGGUUUCGCAAAACGUCCUAGAGUCUGCAGCACUGGAGAGUAAACGUCUCACAGGAGAUGCGUUUCUUAGUCUGGCUAUUUUGUAUGCCUCGUUGGCUGCGUUGAACUGGAUCGCGCCUAUGGUGGUCAUUGCGGUCGGGGAGAAAUUGGCUAUGUUCCUCGGUUCCUGCUGUUACGUAAUCUAUGUUUCCGUGUUUGUGGAACCCAGAGAUUGGAUACUGUACAGCGUUUCCGUACUCAAUGGAUUUGGAGCUGCCGUGUUGUGGACUGCUCAGGGAACAUAUAUAACACGCUGCUCGGACGAUGAAACAAUCAAUCGACAUUUCAGCUUGUUUUGGUCUAUAUUUCAAACCAGUCAAAUAUGGGGAGGUCUCUACGCCUAUUUCUCUCUAGCCGGAACCAUGGAAAUCGAUUCCGGAAUGCGUCAUCGUCUUCUGGGCGUAUUGGCUGGGAUCGGGGCAGUUGGUUGGUUCAUGUUUCUCGCGUUGCGCAAUCCCGAGGAGAACUUCGAUUCGAAUUCAACUCUGGACGCGUUCAAAGUGGAACCGGAUUUCGAGGUGGCUGCGGUGGAAGAUGACAUAGAGUAA